AUGGCUCCAAAAAAUCCCAGAGUUGGGAGUUUUGCGCCGGGGAAGGGGAAGAUCAUUCGCGGCGCUGGCGGCGGCCGGGCCGAGCCCCACGACCUGUCAGCAGCCGCGGAACCCGCCGGGCGCGCCGCCGCCCCCGCUCCACGCCAGACGGUGUCAAAACCGCCUUUCCUCCACCCCUCUCCACCUUCACGCGUGGGCGAGGAGCGACACGGCCACGACAGACCUCCGCCGCUGCGUCCCCUCUCCUCAGCUUGCUCCCCCACCACCCGGCCCCCUCACGCCAAAGGGAGGCCCCAGGAGGCCGGCGGGGAGAAGACGCUACUCACCUCCUCCGCCCUGCGCCGCGACCGCCGCCCGCUGCCUCCGCCGCCGCCGCCAUGUUUGUUGUCGCUCUCGCGGCCCGGCCCGGCCCACCCCGGCCUCGCGAGACCGCGCCCGGGGGGCGGUGGCUCGGGGCGGGGCCGGGAGGGGGCGGGCGUUAAGAUGGCGGCGGCGGCGGCCGGCUGGCUGAGGAGCGGCGCGAAGCUGAAAAGAAAUUUGCCAUUGUACUUGGCUCCUUGGAGGGCUUCUCCAUGUGUCUUUAGAUCCUCCAAAUCAGAACUUAAGCCAAAUCUAGCCGGUGAUGGAGUUGUCUGUGCCCCGCUUCAAACAUUCACCGAAGAGGAGAAAAUGCUGAAAAAUAUGGUGACAAAAUUUGCUCAGGAACGAGUUGCACCUUUGGUGCAAAAAAUGGAUGAGAAUUCGAAAAUGGAAGACUCUAUAAUACAGGGAUUGUUUGAACAAGGGCUGAUGAGUAUUGAUCUUGGGGAAGAAUAUGGAGGAACUGGAGCUUCAUUUUUUUCAAUCAUAUUGGUGGUAGAAGAAUUGGCCAAAGUUGAUCCAGCUGUAGCUCUUCUAUGUGAACUCCAAAAUACACUAACAAAUAAGUUGUUUACCACAUAUGGAACAGAAGAACAAAAGAGAACUUACUUGCCCAGAGUGGCUAAAGAUACAAUAGGCAGUUUCUGUCUUUCGGAGGCUGGAUCUGGCAGUGAUGCUUUUUCUUUGAAGACUCGGGCUGAAAAGAAAGGAGACUACUACAUCAUCAAUGGCUCAAAGAUGUGGAUUAGCUUAGCAGAACAUGCGGGAGUUUUCUUUGUGAUGGCAAAUACAGAUCCGUCCUUAGGAUACAGGGGAAUUACAUGCUUCAUAGUAGAUCGUGACACAGAGGGACUACAUGUAGGGAAGAAGGAGGACAAGCUUGGAAUCAGAGCGUCUUCUACCUGCCCCGUAACAUUUGAAAAUGUUAAGGUUCCCGAGACCAAUAUCCUGGGGCAGGUUGGACAAGGCUAUAAGUAUGCAAUUGGAAUGCUAAAUACUGGCAGAAUAGGUAUUGCUGCACAGAUGUUGGGACUGGCUCAGGGGUGUUUUGACCAUACAAUUCCCUAUACAAAGGAGAGAGUCCAGUUUGGGAAAAGCGUAUUUGAUUUCCAGGGGAUGCAACAUCAGAUAGCUCAGGUGGCCACGCAGCUGGAGGCGGCGAGAUUGCUGACCUACAACGCAGCCCGUCUUGCGGAAACAGGAAGGCCAUUCAUAAAGGAGGCAAGCAUGGCCAAAUACUACGCUGCUGAGGUUGCAACACUGACAACUAGUAAAUGUAUUGAAUGGAUGGGUGGUGUUGGAUUCACAAAAAAUUACCCAAUAGAAAAGUACUAUCGUGACUGCAAGAUAGGUACAAUAUAUGAAGGAACUUCAAAUAUCCAGUUGAGCACCAUUGCAAAAAGCUUAGCACAGGAGUACUGAAACCAUAAGGACUUCUGACUGUUAACAGGAAUUGUUUCACUGAACACUCAUUGUGAAUUACACAUUUAUUUAUAACUGUAAAAAUCAUAAAUAAGAAUACAACAUCACAGACAAAAUCGUAAGGAAAACCAUGAAUGAAUUCACCGUUUCAGGACAGUGAGCAUGCGGUUCAUGUGAAAUCAUGAAUUUCAUGUUCAAAUCCAAACUAUGGGUUAAAAGUAUCUCUUUCUGCCUGAGACACUUGUAAGCUAAUGUAUUGUCUGAAAUUAUUUUGUUGCCGUAGGUUAUGCAAACAGUGUAUCUCCACCUUGAGAUUUCAAAGUGAAAACAAAAGCAGCCAAAUCCUUGGUUUGCGGGACGUGAACGGUUCUGUUAAGCCAUCUGGGAGAAGGGACUCUGCCCGUGCAGCAGAACUGUUGCAUGGUGUGAAGCUGCUGUUUGGUCGUGAUGCCCUUUAUUAGCAUGGGGCGUAGGAGAGGUAUGUGGAAAGAGACAGAAGUGAUGGUUUCCUCUCUCCCAGGUGGAGCGAUGUGUGUGGAGCUGCUGUAAUUGGAGUAAUUUUUAUAGCAGCCCUUAGUGUGUUCUUAAGUAUAUCUUGGUAAUUAAGCCCUUCCAGCCCCAAUUUGUAGUACUGAAAGGUGGAUAAUAUCUACCUCCCUUUCUAGCCUUCUCAGCUGUUAAGGGUUUUAAUCUAAGAGGCUAUUUAUAGUUCUCCUUUCGUAAGAGGUUGAGUUGAAAUCUUUGUGAAAUGGGGUUAAAAAAGCUCUAGUAGUUCUGCAAAAAGACAGAGGUACAAGCUAGGUAAUAGGCAUGCUGUGAUACUACAUCACAGUGGCCUUUCCAUGUUCAGUGCAUUUUACAAACUUUAAUCCUCAGAGCCUUCCUGGGAGUUAGGGAGGGACUGUUAAUUUGAAGCUUGGGAAACUCACUCGUGGAAGUUAGAGGUUCCCUACAAAAUGAGGAAAGUUUUUCUCCUUUUGAGAGAGAGAGAGAGAAGGGGUGUGGGGGGGUGAGAAGUAUUUGCUUUUUUAUCCCUCUCUGUUUGCUUUAAAAGUAGACAUUUUAUUUACUGCAGAAAACUCUUCAGUGCUGGAGAACUAAUUGACCAAGAAUCAAGAGACUGAAAGCUUAAUGUAUGAAAAAUUAUUAUAAUUGCUGUAAUUGGCAAUUUGUUUCAAGUGGUUUUGGGAGGGAAAGAUUUGGUUUCUGGUUUUGGCUGACUUAAAAGAAUCUCAUUUUUAAAGCUUGCUAGUCACUGAUUAUUCACUUUGAGUGCAGCUGAGAUUGCUACAGUCUGAGACGCCUAAAGGAUUUUCUAGCAAAACUAGGGUAAGUGACACUUAACAAAUACAAUUUUGUAAAACAAGCAGACUGCAGUGCCUUAUACAAAGCAACAAGCAAGGGCGAAAAGCACUAUUAAAAAGUAUUCUGACUUGCUGUGAGCUUCAAAGGGAAGUAACUACUUUAGUGAAUGUCUCCCCCACAUACAUAUUUUGCCUCUUGAUAGGCAAAGAAUUAAUGUGGUAGUUAUCCUUACGCCAAUAAAAAAAAGCACCUCCCUUAUCAGUUUGAUCAACAGCUUUGAGAUUUUGAAAAAUAUAAGAGUAGGAGGGUAGACUAGAUAAUUUCUGAAGGUUUGUCAUAGCUACAUUAUUAUUGCUGCUGCUGCUGUUAUUAUUAUUAUUAUUAUUAAUGCAUUUCGGGUUGCUUGCAGGCUUUUGUUUAGCUAAACUGAAACAGCUGGGGAGAGUGUUGGACUAGAAUAAAGACUACAGACACCGCAACAGUUAACUACAGUUAUUCUGCUCACAAUAGUCUGUCAUAGUCUAAAAUAAUCAUAACCAUACUACAAAAUGCUUGAGUUAACAUUGAUGAAUACGAUGAGUUGUGCUUAUGUGAGAUGCAGUCUUUAGCUGCUGCAGUUUAGCCUGCUUUGCUAACAUGAGUGUCAGCAGACAUCAGGUCUUGAUUCGUACUGUUUGGUAGGUCUCCUUGUUUGAGUUACUAUCUUAGCUUGGCUUCUGUAGUUUCGCGAGAGGCUAAGAAGUGAAUAACAAGACUUAACUGAUUUAAUAUAGUGCUAAAAGCAAACUCCUUAUGGAGGAAAGUGCAGAGCUCUUUGAAGGACUGUUAAGGGCUGGAUAUCCAGGAUUAUGUAAAAGGACUGUCUCUUUGUGUAGAACUGUGUCAGGCAUCCCUUUGAAAAAAUAAUCAGAAAAAAAAAAUCAAAAUAAUGUGAUUUCCUUCAGCCUGAACUUGGGUGCCAUACUCCAGGAAACAAUCUGAACGGCCUCGUCAGCUACUCAACAGUUCUUCUCAGAAAAGCAAGGUCAAGCCUUUAACUAAUGUUAUAGCUGUAAAUAUUUCACGUGUCUCAGUCCUAUAUGCUGUAUUCUGUAUGUACUGAAUGUAUGUAUUGUAUUUUUUUUUGUCGACAAAAUUCUGUGGAGCAAUAUGCGCACAAAUGAAUUAUAACCACUGAGUUUCUUUCAUCGUUGUUUUAAAGGGGCACGUACCGCUGUGGAGAGCAUUAGGUAUUCUGGUUGCUGGCUCUGGGAAGAGUUAACUUGUUUCAUCCCCUUCAGUCUGAUUCCAUUGCUGCACUAAUGCAGACGUUGGUUUAGUAAUAAAAUUACCGCGCCGUUGUCCAGGAGCUCUUAAGAGCUGCCUGUGCUCUCCAGCCCCUGUUCAGUUUGGGACAGGCGUUUAUGAAUUGUCAUAAAUUGCACGUCUGCAUUUGGCACUGUGGGCACAGGAUUGUUGAUGGUGGCUGGCCACACCAGUAGGUGUAGGGCCACAGAGCUGGCGUUGUGAACGCUGUGAGGCUUUCUGUGCUGAUGACAGGACUCAAAGCUGCUUUAUACACAACAAGUAUUUGUAUUGGUGAGUUUUCCUUUUAUAUGCCCUUAGUCAGACCAGUCAAUCUAGUCUGAAACAGCAUUUUAGGUAUCAAGUGUUGCAUUUGGGUUUCCCUGGUUAGAAGAAAAGACCUGUAUUGAGAAUGUAUUAAUAAGUGCCUGAGUUUAGCAUUGUAUCAAGUCAAAUGUCAAUCUUCUAUAUCGGGUGAUGGUUCUCUAAUAAUCUGUCAUUUAAAACUUUUCCCAGAUCUUGCCAUUUUUGUACUGGGAGAGAAUGAGUAUAUCAUCUGUCAAGUUUCUUCAGUAUUAUUCUGGUUUGUAAUAAAGGUCUGAGGCAGAUUUUCACAGAAAGGUUUAAUUGCUACUUGGGAAAUACUCAAAUACAACAUUUUAUAUGUUUUCUA